ACAUCUCACUUAUCUUAUUUCUAAAUAAAACUCUCUCCAUCUUUUAAUUUUCUUCUUCUGCUUCUGAAAUCUUCUUCUCUCGAAAGAAAAAGAACAUAGAAUAUUGUUUAUAUUUUUUUCAGAGAGAAGAAAAGGGUUCUGUUUGUUUGAUCGAUAAUAAAUUAAUAAUGGGAGCCUGUGCAACAAAACCAAAAGAUUUAAAAGAUGAAAUGAAUCAAGCACCUGAACCAAUACCAGAAGUGGUCAAGGAAGAAAACCCUGAACAAUUGAAGAAAACUGAUGAUGGAGGAGUAGAAACUACUACUAAAGAGAUUAUUGAUGGUAAAGAGGAUAAGAAGGCUGAUGAUGGAAGCAAAACAGUUUCUCUUAACUCCCUGUUAAUGAAGAGUGAACCAGGAAAAGCAACUGUUGAAAGUGAGAAACCAACCGAGACUGUGUCAAUUCCCUCAGUGCCAGUUAUUGAAGCCGUUAAAGUAGAAGAAACAUCAAAGGUGGAAGUAUCCUCAACUGAAACAGAGAAAAAACCUGAAUCAGCACCAGUAGUUGUUGAAGCAAAAGAGGAACCUUUGAAGGUUGAAUCUGUUGAACCCUUGAAGGAUGCUAAGGUUGUAGAGAAGAAGGACGAACCUGUAACUGCCGUUGAGGUCAAAGGAGAUGUUGCAGUAAGCAAGUGAAUGGGCGUGAGUUGAGAAAAGCAUAUCUUUUGUUCUUUUGCAGUACCAUUAAUAGGAAGGAUUUGUUUCAAUUGUUUGUUUCGAGUACAGGGGUGGGUUUCUUAUCUGUCUUUAUUCUCUGUUUCCUUCCUCAAUUAUGACAUGACUUAUGAGAUCAUUUGUUUGUUGAUUCAAUGAUGAACAUAUAAUUCCAGAUAGUCUUAUUUUCA